UAUGAGGGAAUUGUUAUUUGGACGUCGAAUGAAAGGUGUUAUAUUCGAAAGUAGUCGUUCGCCUUGAAAAAAUUUCCCGGCGCUUAUCCGUUUUCUAUACAUACAUAUAUAGGUAUAUAGAGUCGAUGCCGAAGAACGUACAGUGUGGUUAUAUGUGGACAAAAUUUUAAGUUUGGCUGCGAACGAAUAUAAUUUCACGAGCCAUUGAAGAAUUAUGCUUUUGCGUCGUUGUGUCGUUCUCCCGCAGGCCCGCGCACAAGCUCCCGGCAGUGCGCGCGCUCUAGAGUUGGCUUUGCAAUGAACUGCCUUGCAACUGCGCAUGCAACAAAAUAACAAUCGCACAAGUACUUCGUAAGUAGUUAGUUAAAGCCCAAGCUUGAGCGGCUUUAAAAAUGGCAGAGAGCGGCCCGUGGGCCGUGGCGGCGGCGCGCGUUUCCCGCAGGUUUCACACAGGCUGGCGCGCACGGGCUGGCACGGGCCAGCCAGGAGAAAUGCCAAGCGAACUUAAUGUGCCGCAGGAGAGUGCGAAUGUGGGGCGGCUCAGAAGCGGCCGACGAGAGUCGAGACUCGAGAGGGUGACCCGAGACAAGCUGGGACCUGGGAAGGAGAGGUACAGAUCCGCGGUGAAACUUGGAAAGCGCAGUGACCAAUCAGGAGCUGGUCCUCGGCGACUCGACGAUCACCCGUCGCAGCUCACGGUAGUCACAGCUGUCUUCUGAUGCUCUACUAUUACGCCUGCGUGACCGUCUCGAGCACGCUCUCGCUCUUCUAUCACUUCUAUAAGUGCUGCGCUGGCGCUGGGCGCUGCGUGCUUUAAGUACAUCCCAGUGUAUUCGAGCCUUCGCGUUCUCUCUCUCUCUCUCUCUCUCUCUCUCUCUUCUUCGUUUAUACGAGGUCGCUCCGUUGUACAGUUUACUUAUAUACUUUGCCCAACGCUCGCUGGGUCUUUGUCGCCGAAUCGGACUUCGGAGCUCUGCAAACUGCGAAUAAAAGCCGAAGGAGCAGGAAGUGCGCGCGGGUAUCGAUUGCGGGAUCUCUUAUUCCUUCAGUUGCCUCAGUCGCAGUCCGUCACCAGACUCGUCAGUAACCAAACCCGGACCCCGCAAUUCGCAUGGCGCAAUGGCGCAUACGCAUACGCAUACGCAUACAUAGGUAUUAGGCAUACGGCAUACAGUCCGGACGCCAUAGCACUCUUCCCCUCCCCGCGGCCCCGCACGCCGCCCGCCGCUGGCCGCACUCAGCAGUAGCAGUAGCAGUUCCCAGCUCGACUCUCGAGCGAGAGAGGCGAGACUCGAGAGCAGUUCGGUUCAGCAGUCAGUCUCGCAGUCUCCUCUCGGCUCUCACAUAGUGGCUAGUGGUAUCGCGUGUGUCGGCUGCCAGGGGGACACCUACGGGCGCACGUAGCCUCGCGCGUAUCCGUCCACAAGUCCGGCGGAGCAUCGCAGAGAGCGACUGCAAGCCAAGCAGCCGAGUGGAUACUUGGGUAGAAGCGACCGAUUUCGCGGAUAGUGGUGAUCGCUCGAUCAACUUUGCUUCCGGACCAACCGCAGAAGGAUGGUGCUGGCCGAGAGGAAUUCCGAGAGCGUACGCAACGGGCGCAGGUCCAGGGGCCCCAGCCCCAACGGGCAGACCGAGUCCUCCAGCGAAGAGGACGGAGUUCCAGCAGAAAAGAUCCGUGUCGGCAGGGACUACCAAGCUAUAGUGCCCGAGCUCAUUCCCAUCAAUGAUAAGAAGCGCAAGCCGGAUCAAUGCCCCGAAAGGGCACUGCUUGUCUGGUCGCCUACCAUCGAGAUACCAGAUCAGAAAUUGGACGAGUAUAUUGUAUGUGCAAAAGAAAAGUUUGGAUACAACGGGGAACAGGCAUUGGGAAUGCUAUUCUGGCACAAACACAACCUCGAGCGAGCAGUUCUCGAUCUGGCAAACUUCACACCUUUCCCCGAUGAGUGGACUGUGGAGGACAAGGUCCUGUUCGAACAGGCCUUUCAAUUCCACGGCAAAAGCUUUCACAGAAUUCGUCAAAUGCUCCCAGACAAAUCAAUAGCCAGCCUUGUCAAAUACUACUACAGUUGGAAGAAAACCAGAACCAAGACAUCCUUAAUGGACAGGCAAGCAAGAAAGCUCACUAGUGGUGGUAAGGAAGGCGAAAACGGAAGUGAGAAUGGAAGCGACUUGGCUUCUAACACAGACAGUGAAUCUGAAGAAAAAAAAUGGACGAUCCACCGCGGAAUUCGUCGUGGAAAAAACCAGACCGCGCCAGGAAGCCAAGGCGCUGAUGCCAAGGCCUCAUCCGAAACGGAAAACGUUCCUCUGGUUCAGGGCUCGUGUAGCAACUGUGGCGUUGCUUGUCAUAGCGUUCGUUCUACGCCCAAGGGACACGCGUGUCAUAGCUGCUAUCUGCAUUGGAGGCGUACGGGUGUCGCAAGACCACUAAGCUCAAUGCCGGGUCGAUCGAACAAACGAAAACCACCGCGUGGACUAGUCGUCAAUCACGACGACUUGGCGGCGCUGGCCGGUCAGCCGAACCAAGCCAUCAGCACCCUGCAAGCUAUUGACACUGAAAUCGUUAGCCUCAAGCGACAAAUCCAAUCGAACAAGCAGCAGGUGAGCGCACUGAAGCGCAAGACGUCGGACGGCAUCGACGAGCUGCGGCCACCAGAGAACUCGAGCAGGAUCAACUCGCGCUGGACGAAUGACGAACUGUUGCUGGCUGUGCAGGGUGUGCGCAAGUACGGCAAGGACUUUUCAGCUAUCGCCGAUGUCAUCGGCACCAAGACCGAGGCGCAUCUCAAAAACUUCUUCGUUAAUUACCGCAGAAGAUACAAUUUGGACGCUGUGCUCAAAGAAUACGAGGCGGAAAACGGCCCUAUCCUCAUAGACGACGACAAGGACGACAAGAUGGAAGUUGAUCCACCAUCUAAUUCUGAAUCAGCAGAGAGCUCGCAGAAAACGCAGAAAACGCCAACGGCCCAAGUCAAUCAAACAGCGAAAUAACACACGACUAUGGUUCUUAAUGCAGUCAAGCGCGUUAAGCAGACUUAACUUGAGUAAUUACAACAUUAUACAUUUACAACACACAAUUAUACAUUUCAAGCUAUUUGAAUAAGAGUCUAACGCGAAAAGGGAGCUUACUUACGCGCACCAAUGCUCUCUAUAUAUAUAUACUAUGAUUGGAAAAAACUCGAUGUAUGAAAACAUACGGAUGUGCGUGUGUGGGCAUGUGCAUGUGUGCGUGCGUGUGAGAGUGGGUGUGUGCAUGGGUGUAGCUAAACUUUACUACGUGCAACGUUAAUAACUCGGCACAAAGUCACACAAUCGCAAGCUUCCACUCGACUUAUACUUUUCUUCACUUUUUCAUACUUAACUUACUGAUAUGUAUACAACAAAUAUUUCAAAGUACAAUUUUUACCAUUGAUCAAUCACCGUAGACUUGAGGAUGAUAGACUUGAAAAUUUAGCAUUUUUUGAUGAAACACUAGUGUUGAGAUUCACAGGUGUAAUGAGACAAGAUAAGAUUUUUUUUCUGUAGAUACGCUUUGCUGCGUGAUAAUGAAAAAUUGCUUUUCUUACAUCACCUAAUUGUAAAUAUAAAUUAAUAAAUGGUCUUUAUUCAAGUCCAUCUAGGAAUGAAUGGUUACAAAUCAAUUUUUAAGAAUUAUCGUUAGUUUCAUUCAUAACAAAACUUUUCACAAUUUAUAGUGUAAAUUUUAAAGGAGUUAUGCGUUCACUCAAAAGUUCAGUUACUGGCAAAAACACGCGUAAAAUUGUAAGAGAACCAACUCCUUGUUAUUAUUUAUACCGUACGUGAAUUUAAAUGUUGUCAAUAUACAUAUAUAUGUACAUAUAUAAGCGCUCGAAUUGUUAUGUACGUGUAACAUAUAUAUGCAUCAAUGAGUUCAUCGAAACGGAAAAUUUACGGCAAAGAUUCGAAAUAAUGAUAGUGCAAGUGAUUGAUGUCGUCUAAUACGAUCGACAAGGCGCAAUUAUUCGCAAAACUAUGUAUAUUAUUGCAACAUUAGGAAAUUAAUUCGACGCCAGAGAGAUUUACGGCAAUCGCAUUAAUUAAAAUAAGAUAAAAUCUCUCGAUGUCGCGACUAUAAUGAUUGGCAAAGUCGAUUUACCUUUCAAUUAACCAUUAAUUUAAGAUUUACAUCAUUGUAUUAUUGUUCCUUUCAUUUUUUUUUAUUUCAUAUUGCAAGAUUAUGAAAUAUCUCAUUUUACACGUACAUUGCUUUCUUUAAAUCUAACUUUUAUGAAUAAAAAAUUUUACGUAUGUAUUAGUAAAAUAAUAUCUUUAGACUGCAUUGCAUAAAGAAUAUGCGUGAUUUUAAAAAGAAAUCUUUUUUUUUUAUCAUUACUAUGAAAUAAAUUUUUAAAUACAAUUUUAAAGUUUGCCAAUUGACAGCAUGGAGAUGAUUUCUUGUGAGCAGUAACUAGAAAUCAACUAUUGCGAUAUUUAAAAUGAAUUCUUACGUGUAAUAACGAAAGCAAGAUUAUGAUACGAUCUAUCGAGGUUAAAAUAAACGGCAACUACAUUUUUUUAGGACAUUGUGUUUUACAUUGAAAGUUUAAAAAUUAUCAAAACCGUGAGUAAAAACAAUUCAUUUGUGACAUCAAUACCAAUUAUAAUAUUUUUUUAAGCCGAAGGAUUUAAAUAAUGCAUUCUUAUGAUUUAUAUUUUGAAAUAUUUUUUUAUAUUUACAUAAUCUGUGAUCAAGUAUCCAAAUUUCUGACUGCGUAUCGAUAACACUACUCUGAAUUAUGUAACAAUUAAAUUCGUAUUUUUUUGUUUUGGAUGUUUGUUACAAUUAUGAAAAUGUGUAGUGCACAAUGCGAACACCAAUUAAACAAAAUUUUUUAUUUUAUAUUAACAUGCAACAUAAAUAUCUUUAAACUUAAAAAAAAAAGUAAUAAUUGUUACGCAAAAAGUUAUUGUACAAAACAUUAGGAAUCGGCGAUGUCGCUAUUGCAACAAUAGAAAACGUCAGCAAAAGAACAUCAUUUUUGUCCUAUUUAAUAAAAGCGAGUAGUUGAAUUAUUAUAGCUCAUAAUCUUAACGCUAAUUUAUUUUAUAAGAAUACAUGUAUAGGAGUUUCUCUAAUACAUCGCAGUCGCAGCCACAAAAUAACUAAUGGUUGUGUAGUAUCUUAUAAUGUAAAUAAUUUCAAUUUGUAACUUUUGAAAGAGUACACGAAAGCACUAUGAAAUUAAAUAAGUAUAACUUUAACAAGACGAAUUUGUAACGAAAAAAGUAUGCGUAUAGUUGCUGAGAAUUUUGACUGUGCUUCAUUUAAGUAUAUAAUUGGAUUUUCUUGUUUGAAAAUUCAUGUCUAUUUGUAACGAUUGUCGCGAAAAAAUAAGUAAAAUCAGAACUUUUAAUCUUUCAGCGGAAAACGUCUGAUUGAGUAUUCUAAGCGCUGCUUCAAUUUGUGCAGACUGUUAAGUAGAAACUAAACUAUAGCUAUAUAUUUUUUUAAUAAGUUUGAUUUAUAAUAAAUCUGAUUACAUGUGUAGUCCUGAUUUGCUAUUGUUUUUCAUUAUCGACAAAACUUGAUUGAUUGUGAAAAUCAUAUAAUUGUAUAGCAUUUAUUUAUGAUAAUGAUAAUAAAUUCAAGUCCAAUUUA